GCCCGUCGUCCGUACCUACACCGAGUUUUUCCACGGCGCAAGCGCAGCACUGCCUGGUUCUGCAAAAACACCACAAACAAAUCGACCGCUUUGUUCCCAUCCCACACCCGCUGUUUUCCUCUCUCCCGCCCGUUCUUCGUCCUGCCGCCCUUCAUUUCUCCUCGUGCUUUUGCCGCUCUGCUCUGUCCUCGACCGUUUCCACCUCUGGAGGCGAAGCCACCCACGUAACACAGACCCUCCCUCGACGCCGUUCCCACCCAAAUUCGAAACACCACUUUUUUCGUCCUCCAAAAAUUCCCCCCUUCCCUCCAACCCGCCUCCCACCCCUUCGCAAACACCUCACCAUCCUCUGACCCGGUCUGCCCUUCCAGCAGCACAGCCGUAGUCAUGAGUACUCCGCAGGCAAACGAGGCCGAGAAGAAUAUCGAGAUAUGGAAGAUCAAGAAGCUGAUCAAGCGUCUUGAGCAGGCGCGUGGCAAUGGCACCAGCAUGAUCUCGCUCAUCAUUCCGCCAAAGUCGCAAAUCUCACAGCAGGCAAAGAUGUUGGCUGAAGAAUUCGGCACGGCGUCCAACAUCAAGUCCCGUGUAAAUCGUCUUUCCGUCCUUUCGGCCAUCACCUCGACCCAGCAGCGUCUCAAGCUCUACUCCAAGGUCCCUCCCAACGGCCUGGUGAUCUACUGUGGUGAAAUCAUCACCAGCGAGGGGAAAGAGCGUAAGAUCAACAUCGACUUCGAGCCCUUCAAGCCCAUCAACACCUCGCUCUACCUGUGCGACAACAAGUUCCACACAGAGGCUCUCAGCGAGCUACUGGAGUCGGACCAGAAGUUUGGCUUCAUCAUCAUGGAUGGAAACGGUGCUCUCUUCGGCACCUUGAGCGGGAACACGCGCGAGGUCGUCCAAAAGUUCUCCGUCGACCUGCCCAAGAAGCAUGGUCGUGGUGGUCAGUCCGCUCUGCGUUUUGCCCGUCUACGUGAAGAAAAACGUCACAACUACGUGCGCAAGGUUGCCGAGCUGGCCGUGCAGAACUUCAUCACCAACGACAAGGUCAACGUCGCCGGUCUCAUUCUCGCCGGUAGCGCUGAUUUUAAGAACGACCUCAACCAAUCUGACAUGUUUGAUCAGCGUCUGCAAAGCAAGGUUAUCAAGGUGGUCGACGUCUCGUAUGGUGGCGAAAACGGCUUCAACCAGGCCAUCGAGCUUGCCUCCGAGACGUUGUCCAACGUCAAGUUCAUCCAGGAGAAGAAGUUGAUCAAUGCCUACUUCGAUGAGAUCUCCCAAGACACGGGCAAAGUCUGCUACGGCAUCGACGAUACUCUCAAGGCACUCGAACUCGGUGCGUGCGAGACGCUCAUCGUAUACGAGAACCUCGAGAUCACUCGCUGGGUCUUGCGCCCCUCAGAUGGCAGCUCUGACAUCAUUCUCCACACCACCAAGGAGCAGGAGGCUAACCGUGAGCUUUUCAUGGACAAGUCCACCGGCCAGGAAAUGGAGGUUGUCGAGCAGCAGCCCUUCCUCGAGUGGCUCGCCGAGAAGUACCGCGACUUCGGCGCUACCCUCGAGUUCGUAUCCGACCGCUCCUCCGAGGGCAAUCAGUUUGUCAAGGGAUUCGGUGGUAUCGGUGCCAUCUUGCGUUACAAGGUCAACUUUGAGCAGCUCGCUGAUGUCGAUGACGAGGACGAAUUCUACGAUGAUUGACGGUUUGGUACCCUCGCAGUAAGCGAGGCGCAUACUCCUGAGACCCCUCCUCCAGGUCUUCAGACGGCGCUUCGCGAAUCGCGCUCCUUGGCGAGCGCUUUCUUGGAGGCGAGCGAAUCCUUGAACCACGCUGAACCGACAGCGUGCUCGUCCCGAGCUCGCUUGUAAACCGAAUCAAUCCAUGCGCGUAGUGUUGAAUUUGAGGAGGGUAAGUCAGCGCUCAGUAGUCAGCUAGAAAAAAAAAACAAAAGAGAAAAGCAAAGCCACACCGCUUGUUCGGUACCAUGUGAAAGGACGGCCAUUCACUUGUACAAACAUAUGCUAAAGUUAUCAACAAGCAGGACAAAAGAUCUGUGAAAGGAACAAGCGAGGAUAUGCUCCGAUGCGAAUGUGACAUCGAGCGCGUGUCCUACCCCUCCGUGGAGACAAUCCAGUAUGAAGAGAGGCGUCUUUCCUUCGAGACAAUCAUCGCCUUCCUUGGGAACUGAUCGACGUUGAGCCACAAACCAGAUGGAGGGUUGAAAUAUGUCUCGGCAUAUCAGUCUUUCGUUUAACUAGCCCUACCCAGAUUUGGUCUUUUGUCACUUGAGCGGUUGCUGCUGCACAUUCAUUUCCAAAGGAUGAAAAAUGAGAAAGUUUAAAAAACCAGAAACUAUAAUCCUACAAUUUUUUCAAAAUAGAAUCGUCGUGAUUUGCUGGAAAGGCACGAUGGAUUUGAGCGUUGAGACCGGCUUCUUCGGCAAAGCCAGCCCAUGAUCUAAGAUGUUUCGUCAAUGUGUCCAUUGCUGUUGGCCAUCGUGUAGCCCUAGAAUCCAGUUUAAUCCAGCUUUGCUUCCCUGCCUCAGAUCCCCCAUACUUGCACUGCCGACUUGCGA